AUGGGCCGUCCAAAGAAGAAGGUCAGUGAACAAAAUAUCGAGAAUUUUCAAAGAGAAUUAGAAUUGGCAGGAGAUAGAGUUGAUAUUCUUUUAAAUGAUAAGAAAGGUAGAUCGAGAUCUUGUCUUCUUUGUAGAAGAAGAAAACAAAAAUGCGAUCACAAGCUACCUAGCUGUACUGCAUGCUUGAAAGCGGCAGUGAAAUGUGUUCAACCUGCAAGAUAUGCAGAACAAAGCAAUGAACAUGAUUUAAUAACAGACACUAGUCCUAAUACCUUCUCUACCAGCACUACCGCUCUUUCAACUUUACUGGAAAAUUCAACCCCUAACACUUAUAAUGACCCAGGACAUAGUCUGAUAACGAGCGGUUAUACACCAACUACUGUAAAAGUUGAAGAUUCUCAACACAUUAUAGCAGAAAGUCCCAUGACUGCAAUCAAUGCCCUUAUAUCAAAUGGAUCUCAUUCUCUUUCAACUUCUGCUUCAUCAAUAAGCAUUCCUUCUAAUGGUAAAGAAAGCGUCUCUCAGAUGGUAUCUCCGGUGACAACAAAUCCACUUGUAACCAAUAAACGAAACAGUAAAAAUUAUGUCACAGACCCGACUAAGAAAAAAAGAAAAUCUAACGAUAAGGAUCAGUAUACUUCUUUCAUAGAGAGGAAAUUGAAAUAUCUGGAAAAAUUAAUUGAUUUACCAAUAGGUGGAACAGUUUUCAACAAAAAACUAUCACAUUAUAAGAAGAUUACACAUCUUCUUGGUGAAAUUGAUGACUUAGAAAAUAUUUCUUUACCGGCAACAUUCAAUAAAGAUAAUCCUAAUAUUGAUUUACAACAACAGCAAUAUCAUCUGCCACAAUUGUCAGCUAAUGAUAACCAAAAAUCUGUACUAUCUUUGCAUUCUAAUAGUUCACAAUAUCAGCACGAAAAAGUGAAUGAUAGUUUGAAGACUUUGCAUUUAUCUCACCAAAAUACAAUUCCAGCAUUAUCAUCGGAUUCUUUAGAAUCCAUUGACUUUUCCAAAUGUAUCUUUUCCAAAUAUAUUACAAAAGAUGUCUUUACUUAUGAUCCAGCAUUCGAAUUCGAUGAACAGCUCUCUAGAUCAUUGCUAGAAAUCUUUUUCAGUAGAUUACAAUUCAAAUAUCCUCUACUUGAUGAAGGUGAAAUUUAUACUUUCCAUGAUAAUUACUCUAAAAAUAACAUCUAUUCAUAUUCUGCUAACGAUUUUCAUUUUGCUACAGGUAGAAUGUGGCUUGUAUUUAGUAUUGGUGCUCAUUUACAUAUGACAUCCGGUAAAUAUAAGGGAUUACCUCCUGAUAGAUAUUUCUCAACUGCUGUGAGACAUGUAACAAAAUGUGGUGAAGAAUUGAAUGAUGUUCAAAAAAUUGAAUUAUUAACAUUGCUGGCGAUGUAUCUUUUAAGAACUGAUAGAGAUUCAAUGAUUCUUUAUGAAAUUAUUAAGGACGUCAUGUUUAUCUGUAAAGAGAAAUUGCAUUUAAAUAGGUGGUACCCAAAUAAUUCAUUUGCAAAUAAAAAACUGCGAAUUUUUUGGUGCGUUUAUCUCCUAGAAAGAAUGAUAUGUGUCGCUGUUGGUAAACCUUUUGUUAUUAAAGAAAAUGAAAUCAGUUUGCCGCUUUUCGAUGAAAAUUCUUUUAAUACACAGAACUCAAAGAUUAAUGGUGUUCAUUUCAUCAAUCAAUCUUUGAAAUUAAGAAAAAUAGAAUCAAGUUUCGUUGAGGUAUUGAAAAUCUUACCAGCUAAUCAACAAAGUACAACGAUAAAAAAAGCUCAACUUCCCAUGGUACGAAAAUACUUUCAUGACCUGGAUAUCUGGAGAGCUUCUUGUGUAACUACAAGUGUAAGAAGUUUCGAAAAUGAGACAUUAAAAUUGUAUUAUUACAGAGCAGUUCGUUUAUUACUUCAGCCAUAUCUUGAAUUUUUAACCCCUGAAGAUCAGCUAUUCAAGGAAUGUCAGGCUGCUGCUGGACAGAUUUGUCAAUUAUAUAAAAUUUUCCACCAAAAAACUGCUACGGGAAAUUCGACACCAGCAGUGCAUACGGUGUUCGCAUCUGGUGUUACUUUGAUUUAUUGUAUGUGGUUGUCAAGAAAUUUUGACGAUGAAAAGAGAAAGGUCUUGGGUGAUAGUUCCAAGCAUACAAGACCUUUGAUCAGUGCUAGUCUUUUCUCCACUAUGGAUGAUUUACGGGCUUGUUCGGUUUCUUUAUAUGUCAUGGCAGAAAGAUCGAAGUUUGCACGUGUUUUCAGAGAUACUUUCGAUCAAUUGAUGAACGCUACCAUUGGGAAUUUAAUUGAAAGAUGUGGUCCUGAUUCGUCCGAAUUAAUUUACUUGUCUGCAACUCCAUCAGAUGAUGAACUUGAACAAAUUGGCAAACAGUUCGAUUCUGGCGAAAAGGAAAAAGUUUUUAUUGGAAUUAAUGGUAUGCCUCCAGCAAUUAAGAGAACAUUCGGAAAGAAACAGGCUGAGGAGCAUGCGGCAUUCGUGGAGAAUCCAAGGGCUGAUGAUAACCAAGAGAGAAAGGAGUUCAAGGAAAGACAGGGUUUCUUGAAGAAAGCAACCGUUCCUACGGGUUUGGCAAAUUUAUUAACUAAGUCUGACGAAAGCAGUAGUUCAGAUGAGGAGAAUGAGUCAAAGGUUCCAAGUACCUCUCAGGACAACGCACAACAAUCAGGCACUGAUGAGAUUAUGGACAAAUUAAGUGUAAAUAGUGAUAUUGCAGAACAUAAAAAGAACAAGUACGUCGUAAAAAAACCAGCAAAUCACCACAAUUCCGAUUGGCAAUUAUAUCAACAGCAAGCAUUCUUUCAACAGCAUUUUGCUCAGCAAAAUCUUCAGGCCUACUUGUCUUCUCUUAACUAUAUGAAUAGAGCAAAUCCUGUGGGGACAUCGUCCCAAAAUGUAAUUGAUUCGAAUCAAUUUAGAAUGCCCUUACAAAAUGCAAUUGAUUCAUCACAAUCUCGAUAUCCAUUAGAAGAUUUGACCUCAAGUAGGGCAAUAUCCUCUCCUGCAAUGAACGAUAAUCCGGCGCCAACCACAGACUCGACUUCUGUAAGAUCUUCGGUGAAUAUGACGCCGAUAAAUAACACAAAUAAUUUGAGAUCAGCCUCUCAGACGGUUACGUAUGAUUUCAAUUCACUUCAAGGUAAAAAUACGGCGCAAAGCGGUAUUUUGAUUAGCAGUGGUACGAAUGAUAUGAUCAAUAACAUUUCUACCUGGACCAAUAAUUCUGUUACUGACGCUGUGGGCAUGAUCGAACAACAGGAAGGUCAAGCUUUUACCAUACAACCAGGAGGUACGCCAGGUGAAUCUCAGCUGCUUAAUAAUACUUCACAGCUUCCAAAUUACCCUAACUUUGUAAAUUCUACUGCCGGAACAGGUGAAGAUACGCCUGCAAAAUUCAAUUCGUAUAUGUCAGGGAUUGGAGGAAGUAUUCAAGGUAAUUUUAAUAGAGAUCGUAAUGGUUCCACAGCCACUUGGGACAACACUAUACCGUCCGCACAAUCUGAAGAAUUCUGGACGGUUAAUGACGACUAUGGUUUUUUGACAUAA